GACUACAUCAGCGAAAAAUUCAAGAAUUUUAAAACUCAGAAAAUGACUGUAAAUGCAAGCGCGCUAAAGAUUUGCUUAAUUUCGAAUAUUAUUGCUGAAAAUGGAAGCAAAUCUUUCAAUCAACUACAGUACACCUGAUUACACGUGUCCUUGGACGGAGGAUUAUAAUGAAACCACAGCGCAGGAACGUUCGGAGUAUAGUUUCAUCAUCUGUUAUCCCAUUCUAUUGUUUUUCUGCACUGUUGGAAAUUUUAUAAAUAUUGCAGUUUUUGGAGCCAUUAAAAAUGCACAAAGUGCCGAUAUUUUAUUACUGGGACUAGCGGUUGCUGAUCUCUUGACGCUGUGGAUAUUUUUUCCUAUAUACCUAUUCCUAAUUAGUCCGGCCAUUUUCGACAGCAGUUACACUUUCGACUAUGUUAACGAUUAUGUACAAGGCUUAUACAUCUGGUUGCAGUCCGGAUUCCCAAAAUUCGCGGAUUGGGUUUUGGUGGUGUUCUCCGUCGAGCGGUUGCGUGCCGUUGUGACGCCUCUGUCACCGGCGAUCUCCGUCAGAGUUACCCGAAUACUUGUCGUAACCUGUCUUCUUUAUGGAAUCGUAACUUGCAUCGAUAAAGCCAUCGCCCAGUAUUAUUUGUUGACCACGCUGGACAUUCCGAGUUUCGAUGCCGAAACUUCGCUGCCAUUCCAGUCAUCGCUGCCUGGGUACAUGCAAGCAUGGAACACGACGUCCACCUUCUACGGAGUGGUGGAGGAAUUCGUUGUAUUCAUUAUUCUUUUGAUAUGCAAUAUGGCCAUCAUUUACAAGGUCAUCAGCCAUCGCCGCAAGAGCGUCCGGCUACAUGCCCAACUCGCAAUCAAAGCUAAACCGGGAGUCACGAGCGCCCCACACCGAAUCAAAAAACAAACGAGGGAAGCACCGCUUCUGAUUUCUGCCGUUUCGACGUAUCUGAUAUGCAAACUUCCACAAGCGGUCAAUGACACCUUGGGGCGGUUGUCGCGGUAUCCGUUCUGCUUUGUUAAUUAUCAAAAUUACAAUGUGUUGUGGCGCCCGGCUGAUUCCAUAAUGUUGAUUCCUUACUCCGUCAACUUUUAUCUCUACUGCGCAUUCAGUACGAAAUUUCGCAAGGAUUUGAAAGCGACUUAUACUGCACUAUUAGUAAAAACAAAAUUAUGGAAGAGAGCACCACCUCGAAAUCAAGAAGCAGAUGCAGCAUCUUCAAGCAACAGUGACAACUGGGUUUCAACGGUCAAUACGCCCCAGUUAAAUCCGAGGCGGCUAGUAAUACCUGUGGCCGAUACAUUUCAUGGCAACUCGGAAAGAUCUCAAGAGCUGGAUAAGUUAGGAGACGAAGCAAAUUCUUGCAGUUCAUUGGCAACCACGUCUACCGUUACUACAAAACUUUAGCGGAUGGACAACUGGUGUAAUUAAGUCAGUACUUCCACUGACAACCUUAAAGUCCAAAGACUUUCCAAACCUGUGAUAUCACAGUGUAUUCAAGUUUCAACAGUUAAUAAUAUUAUGCAAUGCCGGUUAUAUUGAUUGAAGCGGAUGCGCUUUUACGGAUUUAAAAGCUUUGCAGUUUACGUCUGAUCUGUCUUCCUCCGGACCGGUACGACUUGACAUGGUGCUGGCUUCCGGUUCGGGAGAAUGGUUCGUACUCGUAAAUCGUAAUAGUGAAUCAACUACUUUAAUUAACAGUUUAAAGCGUCUAUCAUGGCUUAUUUGAUGCUCAUUGCUUUAAAAAUUAGAAAUGAUGACAAAAACAAUGCAUACCUUGCAUGUGGAUAUAUAAUGCUCAUGUACGACCAACUCCAUAACGUGUUAAGGAUUGAAUAUACAAUUCAUUCAACGCGAUGGUGAUCGAAUUAUUUAUAUCCUACUGCAACAAAUUAACAAAACACUCAAAGCGCUAAAAUUAUUGUAUAUCCGAACCGGAACACCUUUGGGUACAAAGUCACUACAAACCCUUUGGCUAGUUUUUGUUUGAGUGAUGAUCAGGAGCAACUAACGCUAACAUUUACAUACACCGAAAACAAGAAGAUAAAUCACUAUCACAUACACGAUCAAUGUAAAUAAGAUUUAAAAAGGGAGAAAGAAAAAGCUUAGCCAUCAAAAACUGCUGAAACUGGCUUUACCAGGUCAGGACAGAAGACAACCGCUGUACUUGUAGGUACAUGUGUUGUGCUCUUGCCUGUUUGUCUAUAAAUAAGUAUUAACUGUCAAAAAAUCUGUGGACAGUGUUUCACGAGUUUAGUAUAUUUUUAUUUUAGUGCAUUCUUGAUGGAAUAAUUGUUUGUGGGUUAUGUUUUAGUGAUUGACCUUUGUAAUUCAAAACGAUAAGCGAGCAUGUGCU